GCAUAUUCCCCUAUAUAAACCUUGUAUUAACUCAUGCCACAUCAACAAAUUGGCUGGCUUGCUUUACUCUUAACACUGUUUAUAAAAUUAAGCUACACCACUCGUAAAAGAUAUAAAUAUGAUAAAGCUUCUAGUGAUCUCGAUGCUGGCAGCUGCCGGCGCGCGGGCGAUGAUUCUGUGCCCGCAAAACGCUUGUCACACAGUGCGAUGCGCUUCUGUUCAGAACUGCGAGGGUCGCGUGAACCAGGGUGGCGGAUGGUGCGGCUGUUGUGACAUCUGUAUGACGCAGCUCGCGGAAGGAGACAACUGCCUGUCCACCCUGCUCCUCGGGGUGCCUGCUACUACCGAGUGUGGCGCGGGGCUCCAGUGUGACCGAGACACUCAGACAUGCGUGAAGGAGGAGGCCGCCGACACAGUGACUGACGCCCCAUGUGCGGUCCGCAAGGAGGAGAUACGCAGGGCGCAGGCUAACGGUCUGCCGCUGAUUGGCGUCUCCUCGCCCUCGUGUGACGUCAAUGGCUAUUACAGCGCCGUUCAGUGCAUCGGAUCUGUGUGCACGUGCUCAGACAGACAGGGGAACCAACUACAGGACUUCCAGGACACCAUCGGAAACCUGGCCAACAUGAACUGCCAAUGCGCCGUCGACCUUGACAACUACAUGAAGAGCGGACUGAUUGGCAAAAUGUUCUACUGCGCCCCCAACGGCAAUUACCAGACAACCCAGCCGCCUGCGGUACAGGCGACCACCGCGGCGCCGACCGGAAACCUGGUUGGAAACAUUGGAGGAUUUCUGUACUCCUCUGGUGCAUGCGCUCACGAGCUAGCUACCGCUCAGACCAGCAAUCUUCUAGGAGUGUUUGUACCCGAGUGUGACGCUGACGGAAAAUACGCGCCACGACAGUGUAAGGGAUCUGGGUGUUACUGUGUACGAAAGGAUGGCACAAAGAUCGAGGGUUACUCUGCACCAAUUUCCGAGAAGGUCCACAUGACAUGCCAGUGCGCACGUGACAAGGACACAUACGAGGCGAUGGGAAUUCUGGGCCGCAUCCACACGUGUCGGGCUAACGGCAACUACCAGUCGUACCAGUGCAUCGGCUCCAGCUGUUAUUGCACAGACGAUGCCGGAUACCGCCUAGGGGACCAAUCCGUUUCCAUUGGCGACAUAAACGAUCUGAAGUGCUGAAAUGAUGUCUCAAACUUUUGACAUAUGUGUUUAUAAGCACGCGGCCACGGAUACAGAAUUCAUGGCAAAUGUUGAUCUGCAAUGACCUACACUUUGUAUCCCAACGUUUUAUUUUCGUUUUUCAUUUUCUACUAUGUUUUAUAUGUUGAGAUUUUAUAAUAAACUUUAUGAAGAUCA